AUGGCUAUGUCCAUAUACGAGACUAUCAUCUGGGAAAAAGAGAUGAAGGAGCAGAUUUCGUCUCUUGCCCGCGCAACGUACAAAGACAGCUUCUCCAAUAGUUCAGUCUUCGACGUCAUCCACAGCACUAGAAAGUUGAACCUUGGCGGCUUCAUGUUAUCCACCCCGGGCGGUGUUGACACCCACCUCAUCGUCUACAAGUCACCACCCUCUGUGAGAGGUGACAUGGAGAUUCUCAUUACUAUUGAGAAUGCAUCUACUGCCCAGGGCCUCGAAGCUCUCAGGCAGCAGAUGCAAGACCAGCUGGGCAGUAGUCUUGAGCUGGCGAAAGAGCUCCUAGAGGCAUCUGCAGAAGAACCAGUAUACGUUACUAUCAUGGGGGAUGAAGUCGACGACGCUGAAGCCGUUGUCGAAGAAGCGCGACGCUGGAGGAUUAGGGACGCCUUGGGUGAUCUCUGGAUGAAGUUCCAUGCCAGAUAG